CACUCCGCCGUCUUUAGCCACUGAUCACCACCACCCAUCACCGAAUUUCAAAUAAAUUCUUUCUAUAUAAAUCCAAGCCAGUCUUACUCAUCAUCCCAUAAAUUUGUUCUUGCAUUAUUUUGUUUUUCUAUAUAGUAUAUCUCAAUCAGGUUCUCUGUUUAUAUAACCAACCCAUUUCUCUCAUUUAUAUCUACAAACAAUUCUUUGUGUGUUUAGAUUGGUUUAGGAGAAGAUGGUAGUGAUGAGAAGAAGCAUUAAUUCAUGGCUUAUUAUAGUGGUAGUGUUUAUUCUUAAGACCCAGACAAGCUUGACGCAGCAGAUUAAUCGAGCAAGUUUUCCUAAAGGUUUUGUUUUUGGAACUGCUUCCUCUGCUUUUCAGUAUGAAGGCGCAGUGAAAGAGGAUGGAAGGGGACCAAGUAUUUGGGACUCUUUUUCACAUUCUUUUGGCAAGGUAAUUGAUCGUACCGAUGCUGAUGUUGCGGUCGAUCAAUACCAUAGAUUUGCUGAAGAUAUCCAACUCAUGAAGGAUAUGAGCAUGGAUGCCUACAGAUUUUCGAUUUCUUGGUCUCGAAUUUAUCCUAAUGGUAGUGGAGCAAUAAAUCAGGCAGGAAUUGAUCAUUACAGCAAACUCAUCAAUGCUUUACUUGCUGCAGGAAUUGAGCCGUAUGUGACAUUGUACCAUUGGGAUCUUCCUCAGGCACUGGACGACACAUAUAAAGGAUGGCUCAGUCGACAGAUCAUAAAGGAUUUCGCAGCCUUCGCCGAGACUUGCUUUAAAGAAUUUGGUGACAGAGUGAAGCACUGGAUUACAUUCAACGAGCCUCACACAUUUACCAUUCAAGGGUAUGAUGUUGGUCUCCAAGCUCCAGGACGGUGCUCCAUCCUUCAGCGUCUUCUCUGCAGAGCUGGAAAUUCUACAACUGAACCUUACAUUGUUGCCCACAAUGUGAUUCUUACUCAUGCAACUGUGGUACAUAUUUAUCGGAAAAAGUACAAGGCGAAACAACGCGGAUCAAUUGGCAUAUCACUUGACGUAAUAUGGUUCACACCGGCAAGCAAUUCGACAAAAGACAUAAAGGCAACUCAAAGAGCACAAGAUUUUCAGCUUGGAUGGUUUAUUGAACCUUUGAUCUUGGGGGAUUAUCCGAGGUCAAUGAAAAGUAGAGUCAAAGAUCGGCUGCCAACAUUUUCCAAAAUAGAGGUUGCUCUUAUUAAGGGAUCAUUGGAUUUUGUGGGAAUUAAUCACUAUACUACAUUUUAUGCAUCAGAUAAUUCUGGCUCAAUUAACCUUAAUGAUUCUGUGGCAGACUCUGCCGCUACAACUAUUCCAUUCAGAGGGUUGACACCUAUUUCAGACAGGGCAUACUCUAUAUGGUUGUACAUAGUUCCUGGAGGGAUGAGAAGCUUGAUGAAUUACAUAAAGAACAAGUAUGGGAACAUUCCUAUCAUGAUAACAGAAAAUGGAAUGGAUGAUCCUAAUAACCGGCUUACUCCUAUUAAAGAUGCUCUAAAGGAUGAGAAAAGGAUCAAGUACCACAAUGACUAUUUAACCAACUUGCUAGCUUCUAUUAAAGAAGAUGGAUGCAAUGUGAAAGGGUAUUUUGUUUGGUCUUUAUUGGAUAAUUGGGAAUGGGCAGCUGGAUAUACUUCAAGAUUUGGUCUCUACUUUGUUGAUUUUGAACACAACCUCAAGAGAUACCCUAAAGAUUCUGUUAAAUGGUUCAAGAAUUUCUUAACAUCUUCUUGAAUGACACACAGAUUUACAAUCAAGUGUUGUAUGUUAUGAACCAUUAUUGCUAAUUUUAAUUAAUGAAAUUGCAUAUCCA